GUCCGUUGACUGCUCUUUAUGUCGUUUGAAGCAUUUCAAUUGGAUAAGAACACUUGUGAGAAGUACCAAGGUGCUUCUGUAUCGAACUUUGUGUUUCUGAUUCUCAUCACCUUGGGGAUUUUCCUCAGUUAUGUUCCCCAGUACCAUCGUAUAUAUGCUAAACGUACCUCAGAAGGGUUAUCUACAAAAUUCCUAUUAUUGGGCUCGUGUUCAUCAAUUUUCACAUUUACAAACAUCAUUUUGAUUAGUUCGACGGCGCGUUCGUGCUGUCGUGCUGGUGCCUUGUCCACGUUCAACUGCAUCAACUCCCAGCUCAAUUUGGUACAAAUCGGCCUUCAGUGCAUAUGUGCCAUUAUGAUAUUGGUAUUAGUACUUGUUUUGACCCGAGACUCCAUCAAGCAAGACAAAGCCGAGUACAGGGAGAAUGCUAAAGUGGGAAAGUUUGUGAUGGCACACUUUUUGGCUUCAAUUGUUCAAAUCAUCGUGGCAUUCUUAUCAAAUGAUGGAGUGCUUGUGACCAUCGCUAACUUAAACGGGUUGAUGUCCACCACCUUGACAGUCAUCAAGUAUGUUCCUCAGAUAUACACCACGUACAGGCUUAAGCAUCCAGGUACAUUGUCGGUGGGAAUGAUGUGUAUUCAGACUCCUGGGGGUGCUCUAUUCACCGCUACGCUUUUCUUCACCAAAGGAUCACACUGGAGUUCAUGGAUCUCGUACUUCGUUGCCUUCAUUCUUCAGGGGAUCUUACUCUCCAUGUGUCUCUACUUUGAGUAUUUCCGUCAAGGGGGCCUUAAUGCUGAUACUUUGGAGAGAUUGCAAGUGGAGCAGAUCAUGGAGACGAACAUGCGGGAGGAAGAAAAUGAUGCUUUUGACGUGGGAAACGUGCAGUCGUUGGCCAAGAUGCAUACUCCCGCUUCUGACGAACCAACCGGAGACACCAGUCCGUUGUUGGGAUAGUCUAUCGGUUGGUGGUGCUGGCCGCGACACCACGACAUUUCAUACCCUUCACGAAUAUUUGCAAUUACACAAACUGCUUAUUGUUUGCUUUAGAAUUAUAUCAUAUAAUUGUAUUGUUGAAACAUAACUGAAACAUAACCAACUGUUUAAAUCCGUAUCAACCUCUUUCAGUU